GUAAAGACAGAUUAUAUUACCUACGAAGCGUUAUUAUUAUAAAUAAAUAUGCAAUGAGUAAUAAACCUUAAUUAAAAAUAUCUGGACCCCUCAAGAAUGGCCGACGACAUCAUAUUUGAAUUAUUACAUUCUGAAAUUAUAAAUUAUUCUAUUGAAAAAUUCAAGAAUAACGAUAAUGGCGAAAAGGAAACUGAUUUGUCUGUUGUCGAAUACAUCGGGUUUGCGGCAGGCUAUAAAAUCAUGGAAAGAUUAACGAGGGAAUGGCCGCGUUUUAAAGAUGAAUUAGAUACUAUGAAAUUCAUAUGUACAGAUUUUUGGACUUGUAUUUACAAAAAACAGAUAGAUAAUCUUCGUACAAACCACCAAGGAGUUUAUGUACUUCAAGAUAAUGCAUUCCGUUUUCUAACAAAUUUUUCUAAUGGUCAUCAGUACCUGGAAUAUGCUCCUAGAUAUGUUGCUUACACUUGUGGGCUCAUUCGAGGUGGAUUGGCUAAUCUCUGUAUUAACAGUAUUGUCACAGCAGAAGUUCAGUCUAUGCCUUCAUGUAAAUUUCAUAUACACGUUCAAAGAACAUAAUACAAAUCUAGAUUUGCUUUGUUUACAUUGUUUUAAUAUGUUAUAACAUGUUAUGUUAUUGUUUAAUGUAUUAUUUUUUUUUAAAUAAAGGAGUAAUAAUAUAUUG